AAAAAGCUGAUUGAUAACUGCACCCAGCUUCAAGUCCACGGAAUCAUCUCAAACUACUCUGUUUAUAACAUAUGCAUCGAGAAGCCAGAUGACUGCAUGUUCUCUGCAUUACUGCAUCGUUUCCCAAAAAUUUUAAAGCCAUCUUAUAAUAUCGAAGAUGUUCCUCAUUCUGUCACGCAUAAAAUUGUCACAACUGGUCAACCCGUCAGAGCACGUCCUCGUCGACUACCACCUGACAAGUUAGCAGCAGCCAAAGCUGAAUUCGAACACAUGAUGCAAUUGGGCAUCAUCCGGCCAUCCAACAGUCCCUGGUCCUCACCAUUACAUAUGGUACCAAAAGCUGAGCAUGAUUGGCGACCGUGUGGGGAUUACCGACGUUUGAAUAACGCCACUGUUCCAGAUCGUUAUCCCAUUCCCCACUUGCAUGAUUUCUCUCUAACACUGCAAGGUAAAACUAUUUUCUCCAAAGUGGAUUUAGUCAGAGCUUAUCACCAGAUACCAGUUGCUCCAGAGGACAUCGAGAAGACAGCCAUUAUAACACCUUUUGGCUUGUUUGAAUUCCUACGAAUGCCUUUCGGGCUGAAAAACGCU